AUGUUCCCGGUGCUGCGGCAGUUUUCACGCGAUCUUCACCAGGAUGCGAAAAACUUCUGCUCCCGGCGAGCACGUAAGCCUGUGAACACGGAAUGGCUGGAACCUGCUCCUCUCGAGGCUCUCGAUGGGACGGAGCUGGCGGAGAAGUUACAGGAACUGUGUGAACGGCUGCAGAAAGCAGAAGAAGCCUUGGCAUCAGAAGAGAUGGACACCUUGCCGGAGCAGAUGUCUGACAUCGCUGCUGCCUUUGAAGAACUCUCCGGAGAUGCCAUGGAUCGACCCGCGCGUCGCCUGCACUUCUCCUUGCGGCAGCGUCUCGCAAAGCUUGAGAGUCGAUUUCAAGCGUCCCGGAAGCUGGCGGGAAAGGAGAAGCCCAGGGCCGGGAGCUGCGUCCUGGACUCCGAUCUCCUUCGCUUGUCUUUCGAGCAGGAGGAAGCUGUGGCAUACGAGCACAGCUUGUUCCUUCAAGGUCGCUCGGGCACAGGGAAGACCUUGGUCUUGGUGCAGCGGAUCAUUCAUCGCAGAGAACGUUGGGCUUCAGAUGUGAGGCCCAAGUCCCAGCUUUUCGUUACGAAGUCGCAGCUUUUGAGAGACAACGUAGUGAAGCAGCUUGAGUCUGCGAAUGUUCCAGUCAUCUCUGCUCCAGGGCAGCAAGCAUGGCCUGCCAGCGGCAAGGUCUUGUGCUUCACGUGGAACCAGCUGGUUUCGCAUUUCAACAGGUCACCCACUGGCGGUUGCAUCGGGUUCAGAGAGUUCGAGCAGCACAUUUAUCCACAGCUGCAGCGAGCUUUCAAUGGCUUAUUGGCUUUGUCCGCGAAAGCCGUUUGGACUGAAUUUUCCUGCAGCUUGCGCCCCUUUGUCCACUGGCACUGGAACGGGUUAAGCCUCGAUGAGUAUCUCAAGAUGCCAGUGAGCGGACAAGGUGUCCACCUGACACCUGCUGACCGUCGAGCCAUUCACCGAGCAUUUACGGAGUACACAGUCAUCAAGGAGAGGAUGCGCAGGAACGAUGAGAUCGAUGUGGCCAUCGCUCUUCGGGAGCGCAUGCGUGGUGCUGGCCGUGUUCAUGAAGUUUACGUGGAUGAAGUCCAAGAUUUCGCGCCCACCGAACUUGCGGCUUUGCUAGACAUUUGUGGAGACAGGGACGGCUUCACGGUCGCCGGCGACACAUGUCAGACAAUCAACCCAGGAAGCGCUUUCUGCUUCCUGGACAUCAUGCAAGCGCACACUAAGAUCUGGGAGCUGCGAGGACACGAAUCUACAGAGGAUGACACGGAGAAUGGCUUGCAUGUGUUGCGAUACAACUAUCGCUGCGCACCUGGUAUUCGAGCCCUCGCCAAUUCAAUCACCGGGCUGCUUUUCAGCAGGUUUCCUCGUGCUGCAGAUCAUAUUCAGGAGAUUGACGACGGACUCAAGAUGCGCGUUCGACCCCUUCUACUCGAGACCAACCGUCCAGCGGAGGUUAUUGCCGGAACCGGACGCUUGCAGCUGGAUUGGGCCAUAGAUGCCAGCUCUACGGCCGUCCUGGUACCUGAUGGUGCUACGAGAGAGCAGCUGCGUGCCGGCGGGUGCCAAGCCACAAUCCUGACGGUUCCUGAGGCGAAAGGCUUAGAGUUCGAUUUGGUUCUCAUCGUCCAGCUCCUUGGGAAAUCGGCCCACAAGCGCGCCAUCGGGUCUUUGGCGGAUGCCAGCUCAGAGGGUUCUCAGCUUGCGAUGUUCGCGGCUUCAUCGCAAGAAGGCGACAUCUUUCUGCAGCACAGCCAAACUUUCUAUGAGAUGAUUCCUGCGAUACAUGAGUUCAAGGUCCUCUAUACUGCCAUCACGCGUGCCAAGUUUGGCUGCGCCCUCUUAGAAGUCAACGCAAGCCGUAGUGAAUGGAGCCCUUUGCUGUCCCUUUGGUCAAAGGAGGGAGUUGUGGAGCACUUGGCAAGCUUGGAUGACUACAAUCAGAGGGUCAAGUCGGGCAGACAGUGCUUGGAUUUGGGCUUAGAUCGUGUGGCAUCAGGUCCAGUUGCAGACGAUUCGAGUUUGGUCUCAGACACGAGCUCUGACGUCACUUUGCCUGAGUUCGUCGGUUGGUUGGAAGCAGAACUAGAACACAGACAGGGCCGAGACCAUCGACGACCAAGAACAAUGCUGCGAUCCGAGUUAGCCAAGAUUGACGAUGAGGACUUCCAGCUGAACCUUGCCUUCUGCCAGGAGUUCUGCGAACUCCACGGGUUUCUGGUCGAGCCCAACUUUGCAUGGCAGAGACCUGCUGCGCCUGCAGCACCCGUGCAGAUGCAGCCAAAGAGGAGCGAGGUCAGCAUGGCCCGGUCCCACGAAGUGCCUGCAGACCUUCCGGCCCUGAUCACGUUCAUGCGCCAGCAUUUUCAGCAUAAGGUCCUGGAAGAUCUGCGGAUACCUUUGCAAGAGCAGCAGGAACAAGCAUUGCAGCUUCUGAUGCAUGCAUUGGACAGCCCUCUCGAGCGCACAGAAAUCUUCAAGGAGUCCUUGCAGGUAGCCCGGCGUGGCUUGGCGUUGUGUGACAUGGUAUUGCAGGUGCAACUUCAGAACAGUGGCAGAGAAGAGGCACCCCGCCAACUUUGGAGCCCAGUUGGAUUUGCGGCUUCCCCGGAGCAGUGGAGAAGGCAGCUAGCUCUUCUUAUGCAGGAAGCAUCAAAGCCGAGACAAAAGAGUCCAUUACGGAAGCUUCAGAAGAUAAGGCUGUGGGAAAACAUCUUCUCCUUCCUCGUGCCUGAGUCAACAUGCAUGUGUGGCCAGGCCAGUUUGGUUGCGGAGAGGGUGUUGGAGCAUGCCGCAACAAGGCAUGCUCUGCAGCAGAUACUCGUCCGAUCGAAAGCGGGCUAUCGACUGGCAACGGCAGCAUCAAAGGUUGAUCUUGGAUCAUGUUUGACGGGGCUGGAGGAGUGGAAAAGGCAGAUGUCACUGCAUGCCCAACGACCGAAGUGGUUAGAGUGGCACAAGCACUGGAUGGCCUUCGCAGACCUCGUCUCCUGUUCUGCUCGGGCUGCACUGGGAAUGAGCGGCAGCUGCACCUGUGAUCGCGGAUCGGAAGAGUUUCAAAAGAAGGGCUGCAGCUGCCUGCAGAAGAGCCGCCUCGAUCCCAAGGAGACCGGAGAUCGUUGGAAGCGGCUCACGCUGAAGCUUUUGGUCUCUGCUGCUUUGGACAAGCUUGCCAAGGAGCCUCGACCCCCCAAUCUGCAGGCUCUCGUCGUUGAGUUUCGCAAGCCUCUUUGGAAAGUGACUUCGUCAGACUUUCGGUCGCUCUUGCAGAACGCAGAAGGACUUCUGGGAGAGACCGAGACCUCGCUUCAGAGGCCGCUGGCGCGAAUCUCCCAACGCUACCUCCAGUGCAGCGAGGCCGGUCGUGCAUUCCUUUGCGCGGGUGACUCUGUCAACGCGGCGAAGGCACUGUCAGAGGCAAUGGCAACGGCUGAAGAGAUUCUGAUCUUGGGCAGGCAAUAUCCCGUCCUCUUGCGACCAUGCGGCCCGCUAAGGGCAGAAAUCGGAGCCUUAAGCAAGCCCUUCAAUCUGGACUCUUGCAUGUCGGCAUCUGACUAUGCAUCAGGGUCAGGGGCAGGGGUGUGUUACGAGGCGGCUUUGUGCUGGACCGCUUUGACAGUGAGCAUAGAAACAGGCGUUGCCGUGUCAGAGGCGUGGUAUCAAGCUGAGAAGGCUUUCGCAAACAUGUCAGAUGCGUUUCGGGCUGCAGUGUGUGCAGCACAAUGUCGAAGAUGGCAUGAUUCCUGUUUCUACCUGAGUCGCGGUGACAGCAGAAGCAAGAAUGCUGAAGCUCUCUUCUUCCUGUGUCUUGCUGCACAAGCUUUGUUCCGAAGCCAAUGA